GUUCGCGAAUAAAUUAUUCGUUGGUCUCGUAUAAUCUUUACUAUCGAUUUCAGCAAACUUGUCACUUUCCUAGUUUGAAAAUGCAACAAAAUGGAGAUCCACGACGCACGAAUCGAAUUGUUCGAUAUAAACCACUCGACUCGACUGCAAAUCAGCAGCAAGCCAUCAGCGAGGAUCCACUUCCAGAGUACAUGAAUGUACUCGGCAUGAUUUUCAGCAUGUGUGGAUUGAUGAUCCGAAUGAAAUGGUGCUCUUGGUUGGCUCUGGUUUGCUCAUGCAUUUCGUUCGCUAAUACUCGAACCUCCGAUGAUGCCAAACAAAUUGUCAGCAGCUUCAUGCUUUCCGUCUCUGCCGUUGUGAUGAGCUAUCUUCAAAACCCUUCUCCAAUCAUUCCUCCAUGGGUGACACUUCUUCAAUCUUAAAUUAUUUCUUCAUUUCGCUAAAUAAAAUUUCUAUGUUUCAAACCAUA